AUGGCCGUCCCAGAUCAGGAAGCAUCGCGGGUUGUGUUCGAAAAUACCGAAGUCCCGAAGGAGGUCAUUCAGGGGCUAGUGGUACAGAUGAAACUCAGAGGCUUUCGUGAUGCCACCCACCUCGUUAGCGCGGUGGGAAGGGCCGCCGCUAGCUGUUUCCAGUAG